AUGAGAUUUGUAUGGCGCAUAUGGCGCUCAAAUCAUAUCAAUGAUUUGGUCUUUCUCAUCAUUACUAUUACAUUAUUUCUACUUCGCCAUUCAUACUGCUAAUUUUAUCUCGUCGUACUGAUGUGGUUUGAAAACUUUACGUUGAUUAGGACUGAUUAGUCAACUCUUAACUGUUGUAAUAUGAGAAGACUUUCGUCUCUUUCUCAAACUUUGAGACUAAGUGAAAUAUUUGGCAGUAGGGAUAAGGUUAUCUUAUGAUGAUAGAGAAAUCUAAUCAAAUAAUCAAAAUAUACAUAUAACCACUCAGUCGUCAAUAAUAAUACAACUGAAAAGUCUUUGUUUACUGUCGUUGAACUGCUGUUAUAAUAGUUCUGUCUAGAGGGUUAGGAAGUUGUUCACACCAAAUAUAUUUUCGUAACACUUACGUUUGACUUAGUGUUUCUGAAUUAAAAUAUUAGAUAUUUACCCUUUAUAUGUAAAAUUUAUCUUUAUCAUUUUGAAUUCUUUUAGAUUGUGUUUAGCUUGAUUUAUGUCUAAUAUAUUUGAAGGCAAUAAAAAUAUUACAACUGAAGAUGGAAGACUAUUGUAUAACUUCUUCAGUCUACUUUAUAUUUUUGGAGGAGCGGUUCCUUAUAUUCCACAAUAUUUGAAAAUUCGCAAAACAGAAUCUAUUAAAGGUUUUUCCUCAUUUGUCUGUUUUUUACUUUUAAUAUCGAAUAUUCUAAGGAUAUUGUUUUGGUUUGUACAACCAUUUUCAACCGCCUUACUUUUUCAAAGUUUCAUUAUGAUUGCUACUAUGCUUAUUCUGCUGAGAACUAUUACUCAGUUGUCUAGCAUAAAGCGUUCUCCGUCUAUGCCAUGUACAAACAGUAUUAGGAAAGCAGAGACAGAAAGUUGGAAUAUCAAUCAGUUCAAAGAUAUCUGGUUUCGUAAUUUUUGGAAAUGGACACAUUUCUCUAACUAUUUAUUAUUCCUAUGUUUAUUUACACUGAUUUCUGGUCUGUGCACUUACUUAUUGUCAUCGAGUCAAAUCUAUGUUCAAUUAUUGGGGUUUACUGCCUUGUUUAUUGAAUCGAUGUUGGGUUUACCACAAUUUACAAAGAAUUUUUAUAAUAAGUCGAUUGUUGGAAUGAGUGUUUAUCUAUUUUUAUUUACAUUACUGAGUUGUGGACUCAAAUCCGCUUCACACACUUCAGUUCAAGCAAUCGGAUAGCACAAUUUGCUGUCAAACAAAUAGUACAUCACAAAAUCUGGGUAAGCGGACUUGCAAUUCGUUGCUGAGUUGCAUUAAAGAGGAUUCGAAGUUCUCACUGACAUUUAUUAUUGUACAAACCUUUUGAUGAACCAUCCAAGACUGUUUGAGCCAAAGACAAACAGAGAUAAUAUAUUGAAUCCUUAAAAAUUAGAUUAAAUAAUAAUAAAUAGAGCCUACUUACUACAGUUCCUUGAGUUGUAGCUUUUGGAUUGGAGUAAAGUCCGGUAAACUUUAUGGGUCAGUUUCGGUGGUUUCAUUACUAUAUUAAUCUAGGUGGAGUUCAAACAAACAAGGGAAAUGGAACCAACCUUGAUACUGAGGAUAAAAUGAUGAUUGAUCUUUGGAUCAAUGAAUGAAAUUGGGAUGGUGAAAGAUAUAACUGGGUACUUAUUUAACUGACAAUGUCCCUUUACCUUUAUAGAGUAUUCUCGUUUCGUUUGAACGUAUGCUCCAUUUGAUCAGUUUAUCCUGAAUGUUUAGUUUUAGGAGCUCUACUUGUAUGAAUAUAUGCCACACACAUAUCUUGCCCUCGUGAAUGUAAUGUUAGCACUGCAAAAAGUAAAUUAUGGUAAAUAUUGUUUUCAUUUCUUGAAAAAUAUCAACCGAUUAGUUGUUCGGGAUGCAGAUGAUCCAGAUAUCAAAAUUAAUUAUCUGUUUAUAGUACAGAGCACUCAGCCACAUAUAACCCUGAUCUUUUACGACUGUCUUAUUUAAACAUAAGAGAGUUCAUUUCUUGAUUAUCGAUAAAUUAAUAUUUAAAAUUAGUUUUUAUAAAUCUCAUUCAAUUUUGAAUGUUUCACCAGUACUUCUAACUUGUCAAAGAAUCAAUAUGAAUUCUGAUAGCUUUUGGCAUUUCUCGAACUAUCUUGUGGAGCUGUACAACUAUUGUGAAAUUUCCUUAGGAUGUAUAUAUAUAUAUAUAUAUAU